AUGCAGGACAUGAACAACGACUUGUACAUGGACAUCGCCAUCGGGCACGCCCUCGCCGACCCGGCGAGCGGCGGCGGCAGCUCGGCCGGGGCGACCUACAUCAUCUUCGGCGGAGGCGCCAUCUCCAACCCUGUCAACGUGCUGACGGAUCUGAACGGCAGCAACGGUUUCGUGCUCGAAGGGGCUUCUCAGGGCGACCGCAGCGGCACGUCGGUCUCCAGCGCCGGGGACAUCAACCAGGACGGCUACGACGACAUCGUGAUUGGCGCCCCCGGAGUCGGCAGCGAUGCCGGCUCGGCCUACGUCGUGUUCGGCGGGGAGACCUUCCCCGAAGCCUCGUACACCCUAGGAGCCAUCGAUGCCGACGGGAGCUACACACUGACAGCCCCGUCGGACGAGGGCUUCGGAGGCUUUUCGGUGUCAGGGGCGGGCGACAUGAACGGAGACGACUUCCCGGACCUAGUCGUGGGCGCCUACGGAUCCGGCACGGCCGGGGAGGCCUUCGUGGUCUUCCCGGGCCUCACCGGAACUCCGCCCCCAACCAUGUCUCCCACGCCGGGGCCACCGACACCGGCGCCGGUGUCCGCCGGGCCCGGGGCCACGCCCUCGCCCACGGUCAACUUUCUGGUGGAAGGCGUCGUGGGAGCGGGGACGGUGCACGACAGUCCCGGAGUGUUCGUGCGGGCGCACGAGCUUGGUGGCCAGGUGCGGUGGUUCGACGACGACACAAGGGUUGCCAUGGCCCUGGAAGGCUUGCAAGAAAAGAGCUCUGAGGGAGACCUCGUGGGUUUGGGCGCCGAGGUCCCCCACGUAGUGGAUGGAGGCGGCCUGGUGUACGAGGCCACCGCCACGACCAACGUCACCGUCGAAGGCGUCGCCGCUCAACAGAGUACCAUGACCACGUCCGCCCUGGGCGGCGAGGUGUCGAUCACGGUCACCAUGCAAGUGUUCGAGGAGGAUGGUGUCGUCACCAGUGGCGACGAGCAGACAGAAGUGACUGCCGGGACUCUGAAAAUCUCGCUAGAGGUGUCCGACUGGCCGUUCUGCGACCCAUCCACGGAGCCCCGGCGCAGCACCGACGACACCCCCCUCACGGUGUGCCCGGCGGGGACGGCGUCGUCCUCGACUCUCGAAACCGGAGCGUUUCUGGACGUCAAGAUUGCGGUGCUGGGCCCAUCGUCGUCGACCCCAGUCCUGUCGACUCCGGCCCUGGAGGAUGCGGCGAGAAACGGCGGGGUGGAGUACACCAUGACCGGUGAAAGCGCGGAGGCAACACUGGCGAUGUCGGAGUGGGUCAGCACCGACGACAGCGGGUGGACCAAGGUCGGUUACGACGAUAUGGCCUACCUGUGCACGCACCCUCACUAUCUUGCCCACAUUAGCUCGUACUAG